GAAGAAGGCAGAUUUGAUGCCUGACGAGGCAGAGAGGAGGCAGCGCAAGGCCAGACGGGACUUUGAGAUUAUCGCAGAACAGGGUUCUGACAUUGAGGACUGGCGGACAACAUCACCUGCGUUAGCUAGAUCUGAAGGGCUGGCGGACAACAUCCAAAGGCUCCUGCAACAGCUUGAAGGAAACAGCGAUGCAAGUUGUAGCGAGAGCGGGAGCGGGAGCAGCAGUGGCCAGGCCGUGGAUCAAAAGCCCAAGGUUCCCCCCACUGAGGAUGAGAAGCCCAAGAUCGUUCCACCCGUCGAUCCAAAGCCUGAGCCUUCUUCCCCCUGAGGAAAAAUGCAUGCGGUGCAAGGCGAAACAUACCAUGUCGUAGGACAC